AUGCUCGGAACGGACAGGAAACGCUGGAAGCUGCGCGGGGAGGAAAAGCAGCCGCAGCCCCGAUCCGACGGGAGAGAAGCGCAUUGUGCAACGCGCGAGGAGGUGCAGCCGGAACGCUGCGUUUUCUUAGCGAUGCAAGGCUGUGGAAGAGCAUCUCCGUCCCAUUUUAGGCCUUCCGUCAUUUUGGGGGAAAUGAAAUCAACCACCGUUCAGCCAGCUCAGGGGCCGGUUUCCUUUGCGGAGGUCGCUUUGCAUUUCUCGACGGAGGAAUGGGCUCUGUUGGAUCCGGACCAGAGAGCUCUGUACAAGGAGGUCAUGCUGGAGAAUUACGAGAACGUGACUUCUCUGGGCUGCGGAAGAGCAUCUCUGCCCCAUUGUAGGCCUUCCAUCCUUUUGGGGGAAAUGAAAUCAACCACCGUUCAGCCAGCUCAGGGGCUGGUUUCCUUUGCGAAGGUCGCUUUGCAUUUCUCGACAGAGGAGUGGGCCUUGCUGGCUCCGGACCAAAGAGCUCUGUACAAGGAGGUCAUGCUGGAGAAUUAUGAGAACAUGACUUCUCUGGGUAAGGAUCCCUUCGACUUCAGCUGA